GGAGGUUACUCGUUGAAUUACAGUAGAGGAAAGAAUAAAGUUUUUUACAGUUUGAUUAUAUCUUGGGAAAUAUUUUUCCCCACUCGGGCGUGGAUUCGCAGCCUCUCUGACAUUGGACAUCUGUGUGCUUCAGCCUAAAAAAUGCGUGACCGAACUAAAGAGCUGGGAAAUCAUGCUGAGGCUUCAGAUGAUGAUGAGGAGGGCAGAGCUCUGAUGGUCAAGCCUGGAACCUCUUCGGCCAAAGAGGAGAAGGAGAGUGAAGCCUUCUUCAAAAAGGCACAAGAAAUCCACGAGGGACUGCAGAGUCUCAAGAGGAUGGUGUUGGACCUCGAGAACAAACAGAAAACAGUGCUCGGCGAGGCACUGCCGGAGGAGAGUAAGAAGAAAGAGCUGCAGACUCUUCGUGAAGAGAUCAAAACAUUGGCAAGCCAAAUCCAGAGAAAGCUGAAGAGUAUUGAAACAAAGAAGGGAGAGGAGGAUGGAAAAUAUAUUCCCAUAAACGUUCGGAUGCAACGCACACAGCAUGGCAUCUUGUCCAAAGAGUUUGUGGAGCUAAUGGGUUACUGUAACACCAUCCAGUCCCAGUACAGAGACCGCAAUGUGGAGAGAAUACAGAGGCAACUGAAAAUCACUGGGACCAACGUAUCAGACGAGGAGCUGGAUGCGAUGCUCGAAAGUGGUCAGACAGAUGUUUUCACUCAGAAUAUCUUGAGCGACGCUCAUGCCACAAAACAGGCUCUGAAUGAGAUUGAGUCGCGACACGACGAGAUCCUGAAGCUGGAGCGAAGCAUCAGAGACCUGCAUGACAUGUUCCAGUACCUCGCCAUGGAAGUGGAGGCUCAGGGAGAGAUGGUCAACCGGAUUGAAAACAACAUCACCCAGUCUUCUGACUAUGUGGGGAAAGCGAAGGACAACACAGAGCAAGCAGUCACUUACCAGCAGAAAGCACGCAAGAAAAAGGUUUGGAUCGCCAUCUGUUUGGCCAUCCUCAUCCUCAUCCUAGUCAUCUCAUUGGCCGCCUCCUUCAGCCCCUAACACCAGGAAGGUCGAUGUGAGCAGUAGGAUUUCAUUUGGCAGAAGCACAAUACUGGUUCAAAAAUCCCUCUUAUGUAAAUAUAUGAGCCCACAGGGCUGUACGGGGUAAUUUGGACUGGAAUUUCUGUUCCCCCACACACAUUUAAAAUUUGUUUUCCUUUAACCUUCCCAUUUGUUUUUGUUGUUUUUUUUUGUAAAGAAGAGAUGUGCUCUCUGUUGUUUUAACUGACAAAUGACAACAGCCUGCAAUUCUGCCUCUGGGCACAUGAGGCAGUGCUGCUGGUCAUUGACCCCCCCCCCAUUUGUCAGACCCUGGACUACGACCACAGAAACUGUUGGGUCAGUGCCACUUUCCCUCCUCCGUAUAAAAGAGGAAGUAAGUGACCUUGAGCACGGCACAAUGCAGUAUUGAAACCUGACACUGGCGCUGGACAUACUGUACUCAGGAAAAUGUGCUUAGAUUCUUGUUACAUUUUUUUUCUGGGUGAAUUGGAGGCGUAUAAAACAGAUUGAACAGAGUUGAGGGAUUUUUUUGUUCAUAGAUUGAAUAUAAUUGUACAUAACCUGUGAUGCUGAGGAUUAAAGAAAUGUUUUAUGAGGAUCAUUUUUAAAACUUGAAAUUUGAUUUCAAACUGCAUACAUGUGUCAAGCGAAAUUAUACUUUUUUAUGUCAUGAAACAGUCGCAGCCCCUUAUUUUUUUAUUUUCUAAGUGUCUCAGAGGUGAAGUCCAGUUUUACUUAACUUACCAGUUUGUAUUUAUGAAUUUGUACAUUAUUUGAGCUGCUACGAGAAAGAAAAGCUCUGCGACACAAACUUGUGCCUUCUUGAUGUCAAGCAGAUACUGUGAUGUUGAGCACUAAACUUGUCAAGAAGGGAUGGAGCGAGUUAGUAUUCUAUUCUUUUAAUAUAUGUUUGAAUUCACAGCAGUGUUUCUGCCCAGUCCUUGGCUUCACCUCAUACAUAAAACAUAGAUUUAGAUUUUAAACUGUUAUUGGUUUCUUUCACAUUCUUAGUCAUUUCUAACUCAAAGUGGAAAAGACUUUAUGGGAGGAAUAGGACCAGCUGUGUACCACAAUAUGACCAAUCUUUUCACCAAAUUAAAAUAAACCACCUCAAAAUGUGGAACUAGGAAAGUCACCUAUUGGUGCAGAACAGUGAUUUUGCUACUGUGUAAUAUUAUGGCUGUUGAAUUUUACAUCACUCUUGUGUUAAUAUAGAUUGUUUUUAAAAUAAAAUAUUGUCAUAAUCUGU